UCGUUCUCUCUCCACCAGAGCACAUGUCCAAUGAAAGUGUGUGUGUGCAUGUGUGAGAGCACUGACAGGCAUCCAAGUUAACCCACAAAUAAUUGAGCAGCUGGAGCGGAACACACACCAAAAAGGCAUUCCUUAUACCGUAAUUCAUACCUUUCCCUCUGGCUGGGACUCCUGCUCUCGUUUUCUUCACUGCCAUGAGUUUAGUAAGACUCUGGAGAGCUGAGUUUCUCCACAUUCUGCUUUGGCUCCUCCUGAGCUUCUUGCAAGCAGAUGGCCACCCGCAGUGCCUGGACUACAAGCCUCCUUUCCAACCUCAGGAGCCGCUGCUCUUCUGCAAAGAGUAUGUCAAGUUUGGCUGCUGCGAUUUGGAGCAAGACAAACAGAUUUCAUACAGAUUUGACAGAAUUAUGGACUACUUUGAUCACUCUGGGUUUAUGGCCUGCGGGAAGUACAUCCGCACCAUCCUGUGCCAGGAAUGUUCUCCUUAUGCCGCUCACCUGUAUGAUGCUGAGGAUGCGAAUACUCCCAUGCGUGAGCUCCCUGGUCUUUGUCAUGACUACUGCUCUGAUUACUGGCGUCACUGCCGAUAUACACUUAGUCUGCUGACAGACAACAACAUCACUGCCAUUAUUGAGGAGGAUCAUGAUAAAUUCUGUGACUAUUUGGAGCUGAAGGAUCCGGACUAUUGCUAUCCCAAUGUUCUUGCCAGCGACGAAUUAAACGCUAACCUGGGUAACGUUCAAGCCGAUCCCAAGGGCUGCAUUCAGCUUUGCCUACAGGAAGUAGCAAAUGGCCUGCGUAAUCCAGUAGCAAUGGUGCAUGCAAAUGAUGGCACACACCGCUUCUUCAUAGCUGAGCAGCUGGGAUAUGUAUGGACUUACCUACCAAAUGGCUCAAGGAUCGACAGGCCCUUUUUAAACCUCACCAAGGCUGUGCUGACCUCACCGUGGGCUGGGGAUGAACGUGGAUUUCUCUGUAUCGCCCUGCACCCCAGGUUCAGCGUGGUCAAGAAGGCAUAUGUCUAUUACUCCGUGUCUGUGAACAAGCAGGAGAGGAUAAGGAUCAGCGAGUUCCUUUUGUCAAACACGGAUAUGGACAUGCUUGAUCACUCAUCUGAAAGGACCCUUUUGGAAGUUGUGGAACCAGCAUCAAACCACAAUGGAGGCCAGCUUCUGUUUGGUUUGGACGGCUACCUUUAUAUUUUCAUAGGAGAUGGAGGUAAAGCAGGAGACCCCUUUGGCAAGUUUGGGAAUUCCCAAAACAAAUCCACGCUACUAGGCAAAGCUCUACGAAUCGAUGUGGAUAACAACGAUUAUGGUGCCCCCUACAGUAUCCCCUCUGAUAACCCUUUCAUUGGGGAGAAAGAUGCAAAGCCUGAGAUCUACGCUUAUGGAGUCAGGAACAUGUGGCGCUGCUCCAUUGACAGAGGAGACCCAAUCACGGGCCAGGGACAGGGUCGUAUGAUCUGCGGAGAUGUUGGCCAGAACAAGUACGAGGAAGUGGAUCUCAUUGAAAAAGGGGGCAACUAUGGAUGGAGAGCAAAGGAAGGAUUCUCCUGUUAUGACAAGGAACUCUGUUUAAACUCUUCCUUGGAUGACAUUCUGCCAAUUUUUGCUUAUCCGCAUAAAAUUGGGAAGUCAGUGACUGGUGGCUACAUCUACAGAGGCUGUGAGAUGCCAAAUCUUAAUGGUCUCUACAUCUUUGGGGAUUUCAUGAGCGGACGACUCAUGUCACUUAAAGAGAACCCAGAGACUGGAAACUGGGACUACACAGAAAUAUGUAUGGGCAAGGAUAAGACAUGUCGCUUUCCAAGACUGAUCAACAGCUACUAUAAGUACAUCAUAUCCUUUGGUGAAGAUGAGGCAGGUGAGCUAUACUUCCUAGCUACAGGAAUGCCAAGUGCAGCUUCCAGAGCGGGAGUGGUGUACAAGAUAGUGGAUCCAUCGAGGCGAGCACCUCCAGGCAAGUGCAGCAUCAAACCCACUCCUGUCCAGAUAAAGGGCAAACUGAUUCAUUUCCAUCCUAAAGCAGAGUUUGUGAUCAACAAAAAACCUACAACCACUACUUCCCCUAAGACCAAAGCUCCAACUAUACCCAGCACAACUAUGGUUCAGACUACAGCAAGAAAACCCACCACCACCAAUGCACCUCCACGGAUCCUUACCCAAAAGCCAAAAUUCAGUGCACCAACUAAGAAACCAAGGACAUCUACUCCAAAACCACAGAGUCCUACUCUGAAGCCAACUUUCAAACCAGUAAUGACAAGCCCUCCUAUUCUCAGGAGACAUCACUCCACAACUGGGGCUGUAUACCCAUUCCUUGGCCAGAGCACAACACCAAGGCCACAGUAUAUCACCACUGUGAAAGUAAAUCCAGAAACUACACUUCGUAGGACUCGUCCACCAACCACAUUACGUCCAUCCACCAAGCAACCACAUGCUUCCGGCAACACCAAACCAUAUUGGACUGCCUCUAUAACCACCACCAAGCCUAUAUACUGGACUUCAGACUCCCUGAAGAUAUCCCUACCAACAGACAGACCUCGCAAAAGAGGUAGGGGGAGAGGUAGAAAAAAUGGGAAGCAAGGACAUAAGGGGAGUCGCAGAAGGUAUCGCAAUGGGCACGUGAGACUUGUAAGUCCUGAUCCGAACCGAUCAGACCGUGGACGAGUGGAGAUCUUUGUGAAGGGUGAGUGGGGUACGGUGUGUGAUGACCUAUUUGACCAUAAGGCAGCAACAGUGGUGUGCAAGCAGCUGGGCUUUCCUAUAGCACUGAGGGUGGCGAGACCUGGCGAAAUGGGACGUGUGGCCACUAACAUCAGAAUCCUGCUGGAUGAUGUAGAAUGUGAGGGAACAGAGAGGACACUGCUGCACUGCAAACAUGCUACAGUCGGCAAACACAACUGCUCCCAUGCGGAGGUUGUAGGGGUGGUGUGUGGUGCCAAAGAGGAGCAUGCUGUUAAAUGAUGACCAUUUCCCAGUCCACUAUUGAAAGCAUUGACUGAAAACAUUGGUCUCAC